AUGGCGCCGGACGAAUUCGCUAGUGCGCAAUGGGAGCCGGUUUCGCAGACACGGGCGGCGGCCGCGUCGGCAAAGUCGCUGGUGCUCCGGCUCACGAGUUGCCUUUCCAUCCUCGAGCACGUUGCCGAGCCGCCGCUGGUGUCCAAUUGCUCCGCGGCCGUUCUCCGCUGUCGCCUGGACACCGCGGGUCCCAACAUCGAAGUGUGGUGGACGUUCCACGGCGAGAACGCCUCCAAGCUUCCGAACGUUGUCCUCGAGCCGCCGCCCAGCCGUGAAGCCAGGGCGGUCUCAACCGUCGUCGCGCCCCCGGCCACAACACCGACAGUGAUCGCAGCGACAUCGAGCGCAACAACCACACCAUCCAGUACAGCGGCAGCGUCGGCCCACAACUCGACUUCGGUACACAACUCCACGUCGUCGUCUAACGAGACUGUGAGCGGGACCGAACCGCCGCUGACGACGGCCGGUGGCGACGUCUUCUCGGCGGAAGACGCCGAGAACGUCACGACCGCGUCGCCGCACGCAACGACCACUUUGCCGAGUGGCGGCGGUGAAGCGGCAUCGUCCGAGGUCGAGUCUUCCUCUUCUGGUGAGCAUCAGGAGGAAGAAGAGGAAAAAUCUGCCGUGUGGACACUGCGGCUGAACUGCCCGACACUUGAACACGCCGGGAGUUACGCCUGCUACGCGCUAUCGCGAAACGCCAGCGAGUUCAUCUACAAGAAGGAAGCGUCCCUUGACGUCUAUGUGCCGGUGAGCGUGGAGGUUGAGCAGAGUGUGGUCGAGGCGACGGUCAACUCAUCGGUGACGCUGUCAUGCCUUGCCACGGGUCACCCCAAGGUCACCACGCUUCUCUGGUCCCGGGCCUCGGACGACGACGAACAAGACGACCCGGCGGCGGCCACCGGCAACUCCACGAGCUCCGAGGACGCCGCCUUUGGCAGCCGCCUACUCGACAGCACAAACGUCACGCAGGUGUCCGAGGUUCAGUACCGGGCGCAGCUGACGCUUGAGUCCCUCCAGAGGCGGGACAAUGGCACGUACGUCUGCUACGCGGGCAACGAGUACAACAUGACCAUGGCGGUGCAGGAUGUACUCGUACUGGAGCCCCCAGAGGUGAACCUGUCAUCACUGAAGGCCGAGGACGCACGCACAGCGAAGCUUAGCUGGCGUGUGCGCCACUCGGGCAACCAGCCUGUAUCGCGCUACCACCUCCAGGUGCGCAACUACUCCACUGAGGCCGACUGGCUGGACGUGCACAAUGCAGUACCACCAAACAUGACCUCCUACCUUGUCCACUACCUGGCACCUGGUGCCACCUACGGUUUCCGACUUGCUGCUGUCAACUCGGUGGGAAACGGCCCCUGGGAGCAGCGAAACAUCACCAUGCCACCCGACGUUCCACCAAAGAUCAGCCAGGUGCACCUGCUUGCAACGACUAACGAGACGCUGGUGUUUGCAUGGCGGAGACCCAGCCAUGAUAAUGGUGCGAACAUCAGCCAGUACCAGUUGGAGCUCUAUCGUCCAGGUCAAACACACCGCAACCAAACGACACUUUCAGCUGAGCCCCAGAAUAGGCUGAAGCACAUGUAUGUCUACGUGGGCCUCACACCAGGAGAACAGUACAUCUUUCAGAUGCGUGCAUGCAACAUCAUUGGCUGUGGAAAUUGGUCUGAGCAACUGGAUGUGAGCACAGCUGAUGGAAUGGCUGGUGCACCGCAGAAUGUGACGAUGCAUUGUUUUGCAAACACGGAAAUGAACAUGACAUAUGGCAUCAUCACGUGGCACCCACCUGAGGACGCGCGUGGUACAAUUGUUGGUUACAAGGUUCUCCUGGAAGGCCAUGCAUUUUUCCGACGUGAAACGGGUGUAUUCGACACGGAGCGGCUGAAGGAGCCACAUGAAGUGAACUCAACCACUCUCAAGUACACCAUCACCAUCAAACCCAACACCAACUACACUGUGCGCAUCUGCACUGUCAACAAAGCUGGCUGCGGAAACUUGAGUGGUGUUACAGCUCGGUCUACUUGCACUUCACCUCCAAUAGGCCCAGCACAACUGCCCAAGUUCAACCUUCAGAGAAUGGAGCGUGAGAAGCGGCACAGGCAGCUCAAGCUUCACCUGAAACGAGUGUCAGAGAGGAAUGGAAACAUCCUGUGCUACAGAGUGAUUGUGGUGAAGCUUGCCCGUGGAGAGACACUGGAGUCUCUGCCCAAGGACCAAAGGCAAUUAAAUAUCACAUCCUAUCAUGAGGUUCAUCGUAUAAGCAGCAAUGGAGCUUACAUUGCAGAGGCCAUCAGCAGUGAAGACUUUGUGGAAGAGGUGAUCCUCGGUGAUGAAAGGAAUCAUGUGUGCUCUGCGGAUUCUAUGCGGAGUUCAACAGAAGACUCGCGCAUGAACAGAAGAGCUGCCGAUGCACUCAACAUUACUGAGCCGUCUACACCUGCUGUUGACGUUGAAUAUGUGCGCGAUGGUGCGCUUGCGGCCAACACAAACUACACUGGCUUUGUUCAAGUACAUGUUCGGGGUUCGAAUGGAUCAUUGCUCUCUCAGCAGAGUCCUUAUUUUGCUCCAGUGGAAACAGGCACUGAUCGCAACACUAUUACUGCCGAAAGCCCUGCUGCAAUUGUGUUUGGAGUGAUAUGUGGCCUUGUCCUUGUGGCUUUGAUGAUGGUCAUCAUUGUGUGCAUCAUGAAGAAGAAAAAUGGCCAGCUGUAUGAGGACCAAGGAGGCAGUUUUGUGAACUCUCCGAACUCGAUCCCCAUCUCGGCGGACAACUUGCCAACUGCCUUUGUGAAGCGUCACUGUGACAGCGAUUUACUCUUUCAAAGUGAAUUUGAGAUGUUGCCUGAGAAGUUCAAGGACAGGACAACAUAUGCAUCCGAUGCCCCAGAAAAUAUGCACAAGAAUCGCUACCCAGACAUCAAGGCUUUUGACCAAACAAGGGUCAAGCUGUCCACCAUUGACGGCAUUCCUGGCUCUGACUACAUCAACGCAAAUUUUGUUGAGGGUUUCGGUGGAAAGAAGACCUUCAUCUGUGCACAAGGUCCGCUGGAUCGGACUGUGACAGACUUCUGGAGGAUGAUCUGGGAGCACCGAGUCUCAGUUAUAGUGAUGCUAACUGGAAUUGAAGAAAAUGGCAAGAUAAAGUGUGCCCAGUACUGGUCUGAUGAAGGUGUAAAAGAAAUUGAAAAGCAGUAUACUGUCAGAGUUGUCACAGCAAAGAGAUAUUCGGAUUAUGUUGUGCGACGGUUCUUUGUUGAGCACACUCAGGACGGCAUCACUGAGGAGCGAGAGAUCUUGCAAUUUCACUUCACCAUGUGGAAGGACUUCCUGGCACCUGACCAACCUUCAUGGCUGCUACGAUUCAUCAAGCGUGUCAAUGAGCAUUACGUCUCUGAUAGAGGGCCCCUGCUUGUUCAUUGCAGUGCUGGUGUAGGCAGGACAGGAACAUUUGUGGCCAUCGACUCGCUGCUGGAGGAGCUGGAAAAGACCGAAGAAGUGGAUAUCUUCAGUUGGGUAGCCAGUCUUCGCAAGCAGCGCAAUUUCCUUGUUCAGUCACUGAAGCAGUAUAUUUUUAUUUACCGUGCUCUUUUGGAGCAUGCACAGUUUGGUGACACAGAAAUUGAGAUCCAGCACCUUAGGGACCACUAUCUUCAGUUGAAAGAGAAAUUGGGAAACUCGGAAAAGUCUGGAAUGGUUCUGGAGUUUGAGAAACUGGGUGAUGUUAUUGAAGACCCCAAGACAUGCUGCGUGGGAAUGAUGGACAUGAAUGUAGCAAAGAACAGAUAUGACUUCAUUGUACCUUAUGAUUGCAACAGAGUAAUUUUACCCGUGUCACCUUCACGAGACCACUCAUCCUACAUCAAUGCCUCAUUUGUGCAGGGUUACGACAGGUCACUGUCUUUCAUCAUCACCCAAGACCCUCUAGACUGCUCUGUUGUGGAGUUUUGGCGCAUGAUCAAGGAACAGUGUAUUUCUACCAUUGUUAUGCUCUCUGAACUUGGUGAGGGGCAGACCAAAUGCCAGCAGUACUGGCCCUCUGAUGGAGAGCUCAUGUGCGACUAUGUCAAAGUCAAGUUUGUUUCGCAAGACAUAGGCAACUACUUCAUCAAGCGAGAGUUUGACGUCAUCAAUGUGAAGUCUGGGGACAGCCAUCGAACAACACAAUUCCAGUACCUGGGCUGGGUUGGGCAGCCAGUCAUAGAUGCUGACAGCACAGCAAGCAUCAUUGCCCUCAUAGAGUGUGCCCAGCAGUGCCAAGCGCUCCAUCCAAGCGGUGGCCCUGUAACAGUACACUGCAGUGGUGGUGGUGACAGGAGCAGUGUGUUUGUAACGCUGAGUGUCCUGAUCCAGCAGCUGAAAGCGGAGGAAAGGGUGGAUGUUUUUCAAGCAGCACGUUAUACUCGUUCCCAGAGGCACUGUAUGCUGCAGACGCCUAACCAAUACGAGUUUCUCUACCGUGGUCUGUUGACCUACAUCGAGUCGCACAACCUUUGCAACAUGGGUGACACCCAACUAUGAGGGCUACACAUGCUAGGAUGUUCCAAGGUCCACCUUCACCAUGAGGCACGCACGAGCAACUGCGACUGUGAGCCUCACGUGCACGCGCCUCGGCCAAAGGGCAUGCCCCUACCACGGCACUGAAGUCCACUCCCUACCAGCCGGACUGGUGGGAAGAAAGGAAGGUGGCUUUUUUUGUUGUUGUUGUUGACUGCUGACAAGCAAGAUGUGCACGCUACACUCUGUGUAUUUGACAGGAACUCGAGAGUGUGCAUUUGGUACAUGGACUCUUUUUUACGACUGUGAAGCGAAAGUGAAAAUGGACAACCCGGCUUGUGAAUAAGCCUGUGAAACAGUGCGAGCAAUGAAAUGCAGCACACGUGUUUCUCCUGCAGUGAUAAGGCAAUGAGGAGUACAGGGGACACUGGCACGCAGGAAGAGAGUGAAGGCAGUGCACUUGCUGAAAGGCUUUGCAGGUCCUUUCAUCUUCUGUGACACAACCUGAAAUAAAACCCGGGGACAUUGAAAGACUUCAGCAAGAUCUGGGAGACUGUGCUUGGGGGAGUUAAUUCUUUUGGAAGAAGCAAGCAGAAGGCACCAUCACUUAUGAACUAUCUUUCUGUUGCGGGAGAAGUCUGCCAGUCGUCCGUGUUUUGACGUGUUCCCUCACAGGUGGAGUGCUUUAUGAGUGGGUCUUGUGAUAGCCAUCUGUUUGCAGUACAGCCUUGCAGUGAGUCGCUGAAGCCACCUGAAACUCCGCUGCCUACGGGAACAGUGUUUUUUAAAUGAAAUGCUCAUUUGCUCGUCUAAGUGUGUAUCCCAAUUGGGGAGACUGCAGUCACACUGGAGGAACAGCACCCACGUUGGCAACACUUACGAGAAGCAUACUUGCAGUGUGUGAGCCUUCUGUGUUUUCAUGGCGUCCAAACUGCAGGAGUGCAAUGUGAGCAUCUUCCAUCCAAACUGCUUCAAGCAAACUGACAAUGCAGUGUUCAUGUGGUCCGUAAUCGACUUCUUAUGCCUCUUAGCUGUGCGUGCCCCGAACGCUCCGCCUGUGGACUCGCAAUGAAGUAUUUACAGUCUAGGUUAACCCUAGUCUAGGUUACAGGCCUUGGGCUGUAAAGCUUGGGCUAGGUUUCUAGCUGACCUAGUUCAGGUUGUAUUGACUCAGCCUGGGUCAAGCCUUAGGUGAUGUUGCCGUGAACAUCAUUGUCUGUUUUUGUAGACACUCACGUAAUGUUGUACAGGACAAGAAAGGGCAGGCACAAGGAACUGUUUUUGCUACAAGAUUCUUGUUACUCCUGUCUCAGUUAAUUUUUUUUAUUCUAAUCCAGAACCUGUGCAAGUGUAUUUUCUAAAAAGACAAAUUCAUGUGGACAUGCUUUAGCAUGGACAAAUGUCAUAACUACGUGUCAUGUCAUCCUGUAACUUUCAUUACUUUGUUGAUGUUUCAGCCUCUCAUGGUGUGUGUUUUUUUUUUUUUCGUUGUCUUGAUUACAAUUGAAAGUUGCAAUUUAGUAGUGUUCUUUAGGCCCUUUAUUUUUCUAAUUUUCUUAUUUUCUGACGUGUUUCAAACGAAGCAGCACCGUUUGCCUGUGGAACAAAGAGAGGUUGCUUUCACAUGGCUCUUUAAUUUUUUGUUGCGAUUCUCAUACGCUGUCACACAGAUUAUACCUUUCGUCAGAGCUUAAAAUGGUUACAAGAUUACACUAAAUACUGCUUCACAAAGUUAUAUUACCAAUCAGUCGCAUAUUGUCGAAGAAAUGAAAGAACAGAUGUUUCUUUUUGUGGUGAACAGAUAAAAUUGUUCGUUCUAGUAUGACAUUAACUUUUAUCAUUAUUUUCAUGUAUAUUAGAUACCAUUACAAUUUUUUUAUGACCAGUGUCAGGUUCAAGCUUUCGUUUCAUCUUUGACUUCCUGCUGUGCUAAAUUUGGCUUAUAUAUUUGGUAAGAAACACUGUUAUGGUCACAGCCAUCAUAAUUGCAUGUCGCAUUGCAUCAACUUCAGAUGUUUUCAGUGCUUAGAGGGCCAGGAGGUAUACUUUGCAGUAAAACACAUUUUACUGUGAAUGUACCUUGCAGACAAGAGCAUGCUUGCUUUUCUGAGCAAACCAAGCAUUCCCACACCAUGAGCCAGCACAGGCAAACUCUUCAAUAUCCUGGGCAAAGUUGUACUAGUCAUGUGCUUUUUCAAGAUCAACUGUCACUCCUUGCCUCUUGUUGCGGGGUUGUCUCUCGAUCUUUGCAUUGUUAUACAUGUUCAUGAAGUUUGUACGUUUUGCUGGGAGACAAGCAAUGCCAUAUUUGUUCAGUCCUUGCACUGAUUUUCUGUACACGGUAUGCAUCUGUCUUUUGGUCUAGCAACCAGCAAGCUUUUGUCUGUUCUUGACAACAUUGUCUUUGCUUCAUGGCUUCUAAAAUAAGUCUCGGUUAGUUUGCACAAAAAACAAAAGCAUGUCUUGUCCAUGAAACAGUGGUGAGGGCCUACCAAGUCAUUAUAUGGGUAUCUGGAGCAAAGUUUGAUGGCUUGACAGUAAGCCACCAAAUUUUCCUACAAAUCGGCCUAUGCUGCUUCUGUCAAGUCUGCUGCCUUGUUCAGCUCUCGGGUGGUGGCUGUAAGCAAUCCAAACUGUGAAAAAGAAAAUCGGGAUGAAUUCCACUGUUGUCUGGUGGUUGUAUUUACCAUUAGUACUUGACAAGACUCCUCAUUAGCAGUGAUUACUUUCAUUUGUUUUAAAGUAUGUGUCGUGCCAAGAUUUGAUUUACCUCAGGGCACUGGAUGCCAGUGAGAUAUCAUGACAUCUCCAUUAGAUACUGUAGCUUUGGAAAUGCCAGGUCUUUUGCUGCAUUGAUGUGUAACUUUAAAGAAAAAAGACCUGGAGCAUUGUGCAUUGGCUGCUCCGUGAACAUGAUGAGAGUACUUUUCUCUGCAUCGUCACUGUUUUACGCUGACAAUAACUUGGAGAUUACAGUGCUCUUGAGCAGCCACCAGGUUUCAAGACCUGUAGUAAAUGAAGCAUUCAGCAAUGACAGAGCUUUGCAUUUUUCUUCAUACAGUUAUUGGUAUUGCUCUUGGCAUAAGACCUAAGCUCAAUUGGCAUUAUUGGCAUUUUUAUGUGUUGUCACCUACCUGAUUGCAUAUGUCCAGAAGAAAGACCAAUAAGUUCAACUAGAGUCUUUGGUCAUUUCAUCCUCAGUAAUGCCAAUGCACCUCCAAUACAUUCAGAAUGAAGCAGUUUGUAAUUUUACAGUGCUGGUAGUGUUACUGAAUGUAUACUGAGUGCUGUUGUGAUGUAGAACAUCAACCAGCUCAGGCUGUAAUUUUCUCGAGCCUUUAUAGAAAGGGAGAAAAAAAAAUGGAAACAGCGGCCACUUAACAUACACAAAGGCUCAAAAUGAUUCAGCGCAUGUUGUGAAAUAGUGUAUGCCUUCAAUAAAUUAUUCUGCCUGCUUCGAACUUUCCUUAGUGGACUUGUGGCUUGACCACUGAAUGUCAACACAAAUGUUGAACAAAACUUGCUUGUGAGGGGCCUCAACAAUGCAUUUUGUUGUUGACCAUUGCUGUAGAAAACAAAGAAAUAGAGUGAAUGGGUUGUACAAUAAACAUGAGUGAAGUA